AACCUAUCUUAUCUCAUCUUAUCUUAACCUACCUUAUCUUAACCUAUCUUAUCUUAUCUUAACCUAUCUUACCUUAACCUAUCUUAUCUUAACCUAUCUUAUCUUAUCUUAUCUUAACCUAUCUUACCUUAACCUAUCUUAUCUUAUCUUAUCUUAACCUACCUUAUCUUAUCUUAACCUAUCUUAUCUUAUCUUAACCUAUCUUACCUUAACCUAUCUUAUCUUAACCUAUCUUAUCUUAUCUUAACCUAUCUUAUCUUGUCGUUUCUUACCUUAUCUUAACAGUUUGUCUAAAAUGUAUGUCAUAAAUAAAUAAUUUAAUCAAAAAUUGAUGGGCAGAAUAAUCAGUAAUAAAACUUGUAAUAAAACUUGUUCCCAGCUCAAUAAUAAGUUGUCAAGCAGAUAUUUUCGAUAUGUUAUUUAAACGUAGGAUAGUUUGUCUUGCCUGUUCCCUCUGUCCCUCCCCUUUCCCCAUACACACAGGAGACACCCACCCACAUCCUGCUUCUAAUUGGCUCUGACCCUGAUGCAACGAGUACUAGCCAAUCAGAGGCAGAGCAGGGUAAUGUGUUUUUUUCUGGUUAGGAAAACGUCAGUCCUGUAACUAAAAGAAAAAAGUCAGAUGAGUGCAUAAACAGCAAUAAUAAAUGAAGAAUUUGUGAAUUCAGGAUGAUAUUUAUUUGUGUGUGCAAGUUUUAAUGAUCAGAGGUUUACUGUGUAUAUAAUGUACUUGGUACAUCAGUCUAUAUUUGAUAUCCCAUCUGUUUUCUAAUGUUAAAUAAUGUUAAAAGGUGGUUUCACUCCCUCUUGUGGAUGUAAAUUGACAAUCCGUCCCUACAGAUUGUAAAAUCGUGCACACAGUUUAUUUAACUUUCUCUCUCCGGGACCUCGUGGGGCUCCGUAGAAAAGUCGCUUGUUCUGGGCUUGUUGUCACAGGCCUGGUUGCUUAUUUGUCUCGCGACAUCUGGCAACACUGUGUGUGACCCCCUGUAAGUACCGAACGGUCCCUAACUGCCGUUAACGGCGUUCUCAACAUGAUCACGGACAGCUGUCACAGCCGGUAGUGACGGAGCUCUCCGGUACCGGGAAGUGUUGAUGAGCGGAUGGAGGUGUCGGUUUGUCCGUUUAUCAAUCAGCUGAUCGAUUAUUGAUGUCGCCGCUGCGCAGCCGCCCCGCGCGCCCCCCAUCAUCAGCACAUCCGUGUUGUCUCACCGGAGGAUGAGUCGGUAGGAGGCUAACAGCUAGCUAACGUCACCGAGCGGCGGCACCGGGCGGGUUUUCUCAUGUCGUUUCAUGUCCAGCGGAGCCGUUACCGUCACGAACCGGUCCGGAAGUUCCAUGGCCGUCGGCCGGUGUUGGGUCGGGCUGCCCGGUGAGCUGAGCGGGGAGGAUGCAGCAGCUAGCCACCGUUAGCUCCGCAGCUGUUUAUUUAUAUCGGUGUUAUGUAAGAGCGGAGCCCGUUUAGCUCCCGUUAGCUCCCGUUAGCUCCCGUUAGCCUGUCAGGAUGAAUGACGCGCAACAAGAAAUGUCUCCGGACUUCGUCUUGAUGCGUCUCGUGUCCGCGGCGGAGUACGACCGGCUGGACGAGCCCGACGACCUGAUGUCCGGGGGCGGCGGCUUCGGGCCCGUUAAAGCCGUGCUGGGUCACCACGGCGGCGGGUUUGAUCUGGACUCCGGCGGCCCCUCUCCAGGCCUCGGCUCGGCCUCCCCGCACUACAGCUCACCGCUCCCCGGGAAAGGUGAGCUGGACGGCGGGCUGGUGUUGACGCAGGCCCCGCCGUGCUCCGAGGCGCCGCUGUCCCCUCCGCCGCCCGAGGACUUUACCGUAGCGGCGCAGCGGUUUGUGGACUUCCCGGUGCAGCACGGCUCGGGGGCGCACGGGUCGAGGGCGCAGCUGAUGGUGUUUCAGAACCUGCUGCGGUCCGGAGACCGGAUCCUGGAGUGCGGACUGGAGCAGCCGCCCCCGGGGUUCCUCCAGGAGGAGGCAGAGAGACAGAGACAGCAGCUGGAUCCCGGAUCCGGUCCCGGUCCCACAACGGCCGGUCCCGGCCCAGGGGGCGGGAAGGAGCAGAACUCUCAGUGCGUCCCGUCUGCAGAGGAGACCCUGCAGCCGCAGCAGCCACAGCUGCUCCAGUGGCACCCGGUCCUCAGACUGUCCAAGGGGUCUGACGGGUCCCAGACGCCCCAGCAGGACGUCCCAGCUCUGGACUCUGAGUCCGGGUCGGUCCUGUGCCACCGACACCGACUGCUGACCGAUCGGCUGGCCAAGUGGCCCCCGGGCCUGCUGGACCAAGCCCUGCGUCUGGGCCUGUUGGAGCCCAGGAAGAACUACUCCGGCGGGGGGGAGGACCCGGUCCUGGCUCUGGCCCGGAGGCUGGGUCAGCUAGGGGAGGGGAGGGAGGGAGGAGGAGGCAGGGGGGAGGAGAUGGUGCUCCCCCUGUCUCGAUGCUCCUGUCACAGCGGGGCGGGGGGCAUGGGGCCCGGGGAGGACCCAAGUGAGACCAGCGACGCCCUGCUGGUUCUGGAGGGUCUGGGGUCUGAGGAGGUGGGGGGGCUGGGGGAGGGAGGGGACAGGGAUGGAGGGGGCGCUGAGAAGGGGGACACAGUGGGUGGAGGGGGGACGUCUGGGGGGGCAGGACCUGUGUUCUCCAGCGGGACUCUGAGCGGUCUGAUGCGGCAGGUCCACAGACUGGCGGAGGAGGCGGGGGUCUGCACAGAUCAGACCUGCCGGACCUCGCUGGCAGUCCUCGGUGCUGCAGUGUCCCUCCCCCCCUGUGUAGACCCCCGUGCCCCCAUCAGCAGCGCCCCCCUCUGCCCGUACCCCCCUGUCCGUCCUCAGGCCCUCCAGGCGGCGGCGGCCCUCAGCGGCCUCCAGGUCUCCCCUGACCCCCUCCCGUCCUCCGGCCCCGAUCCUGCCCACCACCCCCAGCAUCAGCACCAGUCCCGCUCCCAGCCCCAGAGCCGCGCCACCACCCCCAAACUGGGCGUGGCCUCUGGGGGAGCGGGGCGGUCCGCUUCCCCCCUGGUGGUCCUGGAGGGAGGAGGGGAGAAGACGCUGCGGGGGAAGUCCAGGAAAGGGGGGUCCCUGAAAGUCCGGCUCAGCAAGCUGUUCAGAACCAAGAGCUCCAGCGGGGGGUCGGGGGGGCUGCUGGACAAGAGGCCCUCGCUGGCGUCGUCCACCUCGUCAGGCGGGAGUCUGCUGGACGUGUGGGGGUCGACCUGCAGCAACACGGAGCCCGACAGCAGCAGGCUGCAGGUGUCCAGACCUCACAGUGCCUUCUCUCCGGUGCCCUUCACACCUGCUUUCACCGGUGAGACGGUGUCUCUGGUUGAUGUGGAUAUUUCUCGGAGGGGGGUGAACUCUCUCCACCCCCCGACUCCUCCUCCUCCUCCCAGACGGAGCCUCAGUCUGCUCGACGAUUUCGGGGGUCCUCCUCAGCAGCACGCUCCCUUCAGUGUGGGGGCGUCCAUGCAGUCGCUGCCGCCCCGCCCGCUGGCCCUGCCCCCCUCCAUCAGCACCAUCCAGCACAGCCUGAGCCUCAACGACACCUUCCUGAGAGGGUUACCGAGGCCCAUCCCUCUGCGUCCCGACGGUCAGCACCCCCCUCCCAGACUCGCCCCUCGCUGCCCCCUCAGUCGACCCGACGCCGGCAGCUUCGCCACCAGCUUGAGAGAACUGGAGAAGUGUGGCUGGUACUGGGGGCCGAUGAACUGGGAGGACGCGGAGAUGAAGCUGAAGGGGAAACCAGACGGAUCGUUUCUGGUUCGAGACAGUUCGGACCCUCGAUACAUCCUGAGUCUGAGCUUCAGGUCGCAGGGAGUCACACACCACACACGCAUGGAGCACUACAGAGGGACCUUCAGUCUGUGGUGUCACCCUAAGUUUGAGGACCGCUGUCACUCUGUGGUGGAGUUCAUAGAACGAGCCAUCAUGCACUCCAAGAACGGAAAGUUCCUCUACUUCCUGCGCUCCAGAGUCCCUGGUCUGCCCCCGACCCCGGUCCAGCUCCUGUACCCGGUCUCCAGGUUCAGCAGUGUUAAAUCUCUGCAGCAUCUCUGUCGCUUCUGCAUCAGACAGCUGGUUCGGAUCGACCACAUCCAGGAGCUGCCGCUGCCCACGCCUCUGAUCUCCUACCUGAGGAAGUUUUAUUACUACGACCCUGAAGAGGAGAUCAGUCAGUCCCUGAAGGAGAGAGGACCAGAGCCCAGCCACCACACGGGGGUCCAGUCAGAUGUCCAACCAGGGGUCCAGCCGGUGGUCCAACCGGUGGUCCAGCCUGUGGUCCAGCCGGUGGUCCAACCAGGGUUCCAACCAGGGUUCCAGCCAGUCCUCCAGCCGGUGGUCCAACCAGGGGUCCAGCCAGGGGUCCAGCCGGUGGUCCAACCAGGGGUCCAGCCGGUGGUCCAACCAGGGGUCCAACCAGGGGUCCAGCCGAUCCUCCAAUCAGGGGUCCAGCCGGUGGUCCAACCAGGGGUCCAGCCGGUCCUCCAACCAGGGGUCCAGCCAGAUAUUCAGUUGGGGGUCCAAUCGGGGGUCCAGUCUCAAACGUAGCACUGGAGCCUCAGAGGACAAUUCCUUUUCUUUUCUUCGUCUUCUCUUUGUUUUUCGGACACUCGAUCAGCUGAUUGAAGGACGCUCAAACUUUCAAACUGGACUCACAGACUUGCAGCCAAUCAGCUCCCUGCGCUCAGUCCUGUAUCCAGGCGGGUUUCAGAUGAUCCACCCUCUUCCGAGCGCUCUGACGGGGGAGGGACAGGGGAUGUGGAGACUCCGCCUCUCUCUUGAUGUCAUCACUGAGCAGCUGGACUAACUGUGACAUCACUGUUAGCGAAGACGCUUAAUAAAAAAAACAAAGAACCUCGGCGUGAGGAAACAUUUAGUCGCCUUUAGGAUCCUUUAACUUCCAACACAAACAUGAGACCAGUAUUUAACAGUAACGCCGGCGGUCUGUGUCCGUGUGGUGCUUCACUAACUUCAACUGAUGGCAGGUCAGAUUCGGCACAAUGAGUCCACACUGCAACAAAAUAAUCUCAACUCACGGAGCUCUUGACCAUGUUCAGUGAUGAUGGUGAGAUCUGUGCAUAAAGCUCUGAUCACAACAGGAAGUAACAGUUCAUCCACACAGCAGCAGAGCUGGUCAGUGACGAGGUUAAAAAGAGGAGUCAUGGCGUCAUAUUGUGUCAUAUCAUCAGGGUGUAGCACGUACACACUUUUGUCCUGUUGUUACAGAUAUUUGUUUUUAGCGUGGACCAACUACCACUGAGACCACUGCACGCUCUGUUCUUCUGAUGAUUCCUCAAGGUGACAGUCAAGACGUGAGGUCACUCUUACGUCUCUAUGGUCACCUUCUCUGUCCUCUCUUUCCAACCUGUAGAAAAUGACACGCCCACUGAUGUCAUCACAGUCACACUUCAGGUGAAGGAACACCUGCUGUUUUUUGGUUCCGCAGAUUAAAGUCCAGUUCAGACCGAAGAUUGACGAUCAGACGAGUUGACACAAACACCUUCUGUCAACGCUCCGUUCUGUGACGUUGCAAAAAGCUGGUGGUUCACAGGAAGUGACCACGAUGAGACGGUGUAUCAUCUCUAGUCAACAACUCUCUGUGCUUCUGAUCUGUAACGUUGACAGGAAGUUACCACCAUGAGACGGCGCAUCAUCUCUAGUCAACAACUCUCUGUGCUUCUGAUCUGUAAUGUCGACAGGAAGUGACCACCAUGAGACGGCGUAUCAUCUCUAGGCGAAACAGAGGGCUCGGUGGGGACGGAACACUUGCUGCAGCAAGCCAACAUGCCGUCUGUGGUCAUUUUGACUUGACCAGCUGACUUCACUACAAGCUGAUUGGCUGUUGAAACAGGUGACGUGCUUUAAAACCAGCCACCGGCCAUUUGACCAGCUGAGUGUCAGGUGACAUCAUCAGCCGGCUUGAGUCGAGCUCAGACCGGCCAGUUCUUUAACGUUCUAGAACAGUUUCAUAUCGUCGUGAAUCUUUGGUCUGACCUGGACUUCAGGGACCUGGUAUUAGAACUGGCGUGUAAAUGUUUAAAUGAUAUUCAGCCCUAAAUACCCACGGCCACUGAAAACCUGGAAAAGUCAUGGAAUAUCACAGUCACUUUUUCCAGGCCUGGAAAAAUCACUAAAUUGGUGAAAAGUUUUACAGUUUUGAGUAAUGAAAUUGUUGCAGUCAUCUUCCACAUAACGUCAUGUAAAGGCAGAUUUGUUUUCUGUAGCUGUCGACAUAACGUCGCUCUGACACGUGUCGAUGUGUGACGACAUUUUGUUUGCUGUCACAUUUCCUUAUUUUCUCCCGUCUCUCCCUGCGUGUUCGUCCACCAGCUGAAAUUAUGUUUGGAUCCGUUUGUUUAAAAAACUUCAGGCAAGUUUGACAGUGAUUUUUUUAUACUUUGAAAAGUCGUUUGAGAAGAAAAAUGUUUCUGAUGAAAUGUCAUCGAUGAGGGGGAGGGGCAUCAAGAUCAGAGUUUGACUCCUGACUUGAUGUUCUUGCUAGUUAGCAUUAGCCAAUGUUAGCAUUAGCUUGUAAGUAAUGUCACAUUGUUGAACACAGACGAGCUGAACUGAUGACGAGUUUUGUUAGCUUUUGUUUUUGUUAUCAUGACUACUGUCACUGUUUUUACAGCUCGACUCAGUUUUGGAUUUUAUUAUUUUCAAAUGUUAUUUAUUACCGUUAUUCUUGUUAUUUUUCCAAAUGACUUAAUGAUCAGAGUUUUCAGAGAAAUCUGAGUGAACAUGAACAAGUUUUACAAGUUGUUUUGUUACAGUUUCUGCUGUGUUUGUAUUCAUGUGGCUCAGAGUCACUUAAAGCUGAAGUGUUUCUAGCUGUUCUGAACUUCCUCUUUACUCUAUACAUCUUGCUCAAACGUCACACACCUGCCGUGACAUCACCAGGUAAACUGGUCCUGAUUGGUGGACUGUCUGUUUUGGCCUCUAUGAACGCUGAGUUUAAAUUCUCACCUUUACAGCGUCUGAAUUUGUUGGUCUGAAGCUCUGUGAAUGCUUCAGUCAGACUUCUUUAUAGGACGUUAAAACCUGGACUACUUUCACACAGCUGACCGGUCACUGCUUAAAGUGGUGGUGAUUGUUAGAUUAUCAGUUUUCAGAAACUUUGAAAAAUUCUGAUGUCAGACAGGAGGCCUUUAACCUGCGAGUAGGGCUGCAAUGGUUUGAGAUUUUCACAGUAUGAUAACCGUCUCAGAAAAUAUCACAGUGUCACAGAGUUAUUAUUAUUAUCAGCCAGAAUGAUCCUUAUGUCGUGUUCACACCAAACACAAUGCAAAUAUUUGUGUUGCGUUUGAAUGCUAGAAUAUUUUGUAUCUCACUUCAUAUGGGAACAGAAAACAUUGGGCAUGUGAAAUUGGUGAACGGAUGAAUGAACUUUUUGUCGGUACAUCCUCAGCGUCAUAUGUUCCCGGAGGAUCUCAAUGCUAAUUGACCUAUGGCUAAGCCACGCCCCCCUCCACUCACCUGGACAAACUAUCAACAUUCAGUGACCCGCGCUAUGGCAGGUGUCACAGUACACGGCAUUUCACAGGAGGCAACUGAUGAUUUUUGGAGACAUAACGAUCAGAUGUCAUUGAGAAGUAACCAAAAGGGCCUAAACUACGCAUUGGAGGGAUAUAUUCAUCAUUUUAUUGUUGAGAAGGUCGAUGAAAAGCUUAAAUUACAAGCCAAAAUUUACAGGUCACAGUGUACGCUUGUGAACCGCAUCUGGUUGCCGUCACCAUCAAAGACAACAAGUUAAAGUGCCACUGAAGUUAAGGUUUUUGGCUCAGAAUAUGAGAAAAGGAUAACGGCCUUUUUACCAUCUUUACCAAGAGUGUCUCUCCGUUAGUUUGGUGCUACAGUAUUUACACUGAAUCAUUCAGCAUAACGUUUGCCAACCUUUGUUAUCUCUGCCAUUACAGAUAAGUUAAUGAAGCUAAGCUCCAGAAGUUAACGUUAGCUUAACUAGAGCCCUUUGGACAACAGCUAACAAUGAUGUACGAUCACCAAAGUACAAAACUAGAACAAAAUAGGCUAAUGAACUCCCAGCAAACAAGGUGACAUGAUGAACAACGCAGCUAGGAGCUAACGUUAGGCUAACUUUAGCUAACGUUAGCUAGAGAUGUUAAAGAUAACUUUAUAUUUCUUUCCAGCAAAGUGACAAUAUGUUGCCUCAAACACAAUGUUGACUUACCUUAGAACAGAUGUAGACAUCAUUGUUAAUCUUAUUCACGUUGAGUUGAUGUUGUGGUCUAACGUUACCACACAACUUUAUCCAAAGGAGACACUUUUCUCGGUUGAGAUGUGGUUUAAAGUGUAAAAAAUACACCUGGUCGCCCAGCCUCUCAGGAUACCUUGUGUCAGAGUUGCAUGUACCCCAUGCACACCGUUUGACCAUUUUUAAACUUCAAAUCUCAGAAAAAGCUCAUAAAACCGAACAAAACUGUCUUUCUGUAAUGCAUUUCAAUGGACGUCCAGGCAGAGAAUGUCCCAGUGUAUGGGAAUGGCUAUACGCACUGUGAUUGGCUCAUCAUGUUUGAGGGCGGGGCUUAGCCAUAGGUUAAUUGGCUGUUGUUGAACAAAUCGGUCGUUGAAGUUAAGAUUUUUCAGCUCUUGCGAAUCAGCGUAUGAUGCAAAAUCGGCUACUUGCUUCUUUAGCAACACUUAAUUUGCGUAUAUUACGUCAUUUGCGUUGUGUCCAUCACGCUGCCUGGCAGGGAUUUGGGCGUCUUUACAUGUAAUUCACUCAUGCAAAUUGUUUUCUUCUUGCCUGUUGUGAACACAACAAAUAAAGUAAAUGAAGGAGUUAAAAGGAAUUAAUGUAAACAGAAGGGUUAUUGUUGGUUCAACACAAUAACUGAAAUCUGAAACAUUUUGUUGAUGAAGUUUGUGUAAAAAGUCUCCUCUUAGAAAAUAACUCUAAAGGAGAGAUUCAACGAACAUAAACGUACACGGUGUGUUAACCGCUGAUUGUUAAUAUCACAGUAUACGUUGAAACCGGUAUAUCUCUGCAGCCCUGCCUGUGAGCUGAUGGUCAGUAUUUGGAUCGUCUGUUUCAGAGAGUUGUGAAACAGUUCAGCCCUCUGAGACAUCAGGAAGGUGUGAGAGGAGUUUAAAUGAUGCUUAGGACUCGUUCACACCUUUCUAAUGGUGGAAUCAGUUGGGCUAAAUGUUGUGUCAUGACGUGUCUGAGUGAAAAGUCUGAGCUGAGAGCAGUGGUUGGUCAGGUGUGUGAAGUUGUGACGGACGGAGGCUUAGUUUGAAGCGUUCUGAGGCCUUGACGGUGGCGAGCUGACGUUCAGUCAUGGAUGAUACAAGACAAAGCUGCAGGUAUCGUUCAGGACUUUAGAUGCAGGUUCAGUUUUCGACAUUCAGCCGAGUAAGAAACUCAUAUUAAUGUUCUGAAAUGUUUCUGAAGGUCGUGACUGACAUGGAGUCUGAGAGCAGUUAAAUAAACACGAGAGUGAAAGUUUGCUCAAAGAUAAAAACUGGUUCAGUCUCACUGAUGGUUUGUCAAACGUCCUGAUCGUCUUGGAACAAUCACUGCAGGAUCCUAAAGGCGACCGGCCGCACACACUGCUGCGGCAGUACUACCAAAAAAUUUUAAAAAAAGAAGAAGAAGAGUUACCGUGACAACUACUGAACCUGACGUUUUACUGGAACGAGCCGAACUGGACUUUUAUUGUUUCUGAGGGAGUUCGGUCCCAGCAGAGACCGGGGACACUGGAGCUGGGACCUGAGCGCCCUGUGGGGACACUUCCAUGAUGUCAUAACAAUGAAGGGGGAGGGGGGAGGGGGCACAAAUAAGUAUUAAUACUGCACAGUGAAGGACUGGCGAGCUGCUGAGAGGUGAACUGUGACGUAGUAAUGUGUCAUCUGUGGUCCAAAGCAGUGUUUCUUUCUGUGCAGUCACCUGUUAAUAAACAGUGUGGGCGGGACUAAA